CAGAAAGCAGUCAAGUUUCGCAGAUCGUAGUGUUAACAUUUUUAAUCCACUCAAUAAAAUGGUGCAUAGUUGUUGUAUAUGGACAGGUGUUUUUAUAUUAACUGCCGUCACGCAUGGAGCACCACAAGAACAAAGAAAUCAAUCAGACGACACCUCACAACGGCUUAGGCGACAAAUCUUCCCCAGCGAUUUUGGUGCGAACAGCGAUCCACUUUUCUUCCCAGCUCCAAAUAUUUUCAAUAUAAAUCCAUUUGCUCGACCGCAAUUUAACCGUCCAGGACCUGGGCAACCGUUGAUAUUCAGCAAUGAGGGGCAGCAAACACCUAGCCAAACAACAACGCCAAAGACACAACAAUCAUCUAACAUUGGUGAUUCGGAUGUUGUUUUUAUAAAUAAUCGACCCAUGGUUGCUACCAUGGCGCCAUUCACAGCACGCACUACAGCUUCGCCACAAUUUUUGAACUGUUUUGGCAGCUGUCCCACUACCUCGGAGUAUAAUCCGGUAUGCGCUAGCAAUCAGCAGCAAUACCAGAAUCAACAAAAGUUCGAUUGUGCGCGACGUUGUGGCGCAGACAUCCAAAUCGUGCGACGCGGCAGCUGUGAAGGUCUAUUUCCCAUGCAACGCGGAUAAGAGCAUUAUAAGUUAUACUUAUGCACAUUUAUAGACUUAAAUUUUAUGUAUGUGUACAUAAGUGUUUGUAAGUAUAUAUGACCGAUGUGUACAUAUGUACGAAAUCUUGGGGCAACCGAACUGAUUUGCUGAAUAAUUUUUCGCCGCAAAAAUAAUGCAUACAGAAUUUUUUUAAGUUGGAGUAUAUGUACAUAUGUAUGUAUGUAUGCAUGUGUGUGCAUGCAUGUCUUGUUAGGCUAGCCAAUAAUCAAUAUAAAUACAUAUAUUGUGAUACCUGUUAUUUUAUGAUGCAAGUUGCUAAUUUUUUUUUUGUUUUUGUUUUUUGUGCUCAUACAUAUUCCUGAAUUCGUUAAACUAGUUUUGUUAAGAUAUGUGAAAAAAAUCAAAUAAAAG